GCCCCCCGCCGGCCGGCUCCCUUCCCCCGGCCGCUGGCUCUCCGCUCGCAGCGCUGCAGAGGCUCCGAGGCGGCGGCGGCUCCCUCCUCCCCUCCCUCCUCCUCCUCCGUCUGUCCGUCUGUGCAUCCGCCGUUCGGCCCGGUCCGCCCCGCAGCAUGGCCGGCGUCAGCUUCAGCGGCCACCGCCUGGAGCUGCUGGCGGCGUACGAGGAGGUGAUCCGCGAGGAGAGCGCGGCCGACUGGGCGCUGUACACAUAUGAGGAUGGCUCAGAUGACCUCAAGCUUGCAGCAUCAGGAGACGGGGGCUUGCAGGAACUCUCAGGCCACUUUGAAAACCAGAAGGUGAUGUACGGCUUCUGCAGCGUCAAGGACUCCCAGGCUGCGCUGCCGAAAUACGUGCUCAUCAACUGGGUUGGUGAAGAUGUGCCUGAUGCCCGAAAAUGUGCUUGUGCCAGCCACGUGGCCAAGGUGGCUGAAUUCUUCCAGGGCGUCGAUGUGAUUGUGAACGCCAGCAGCGUGGAAGACAUAGAUGCGGGCGCCAUUGGGCAGCGGCUCUCCAACGGCCUGGCCCGGCUCUCCAGCCCCGUGCUGCACCGGCUGCGGCUGCGCGAGGAUGAGAAUGCCGAGCCGGUGGGCACCACCUACCAGAAGACGGACGCCGCUGUGGAGAUGAAGCGGAUUAACCGCGAGCAGUUCUGGGAGCAGGCUAAGAAGGAGGAAGAGCUGAGGAAGGAGGAGGAGCGGAAGAAGGCCCUGGAUGAGAGACUCAGGUUUGAGCAAGAGCGGAUGGAGCAGGAGCGGCAAGAGCAGGAGGAGCGGGAACGGCGCUACAGAGAGAGGGAACAGCAGAUCGAAGAGCACAGGAGGAAACAGCAGACUCUAGAAGCUGAGGAGGCCAAGAGGCGGUUAAACGAGCAGUCUAUCUUCGGUGACCGGAGGGAUGAAGAGGAAGAGACCCAGAUGAAGAAGUCAGAAUCGGAGGUAGAGGAGGCAGCGGCCAUCAUUGCCCAGCGGCCUGACAACCCACGGGAGUUCUUCAAGCAGCAGGAACGAGUCGCAUCGGCCUCUGUGGGCAGCUGCGAUGUGCCCUCGCCCUUCAAUCAUAGGCCAGGUCGUCCGUACUGCCCUUUCAUAAAGGCAUCGGACAGUGGGCCUUCCUCCUCCUCCUCUUCCUCCUCUUCCCCUCCACGGACUCCCUUUCCCUAUAUCACCUGUCACCGCACCCCAAACCUCUCUUCCUCCCUCCCAUGCGGCCACCUGGACAGUCACCGGAGGAUGGCACCCACCCCCAUCCCCACCCGGAGCCCCUCCGACUCCAGCACAGCCUCCACCCCGGUCUCUGAGCAGAUCGAGCGGGCGCUGGAUGAGGUCACGUCCUCCCAGCCUCCUCCUCCACCGCCACCACCUCCACAAACCCAAGAGACCCAGGAGCCUGGCCCCGGCCUGGAGGGCGAAGGGAGCAGCAAGGAGGCCAGAGCCGCAGCCCCCGAGGCCUGGGCUGGCCCCGUGGAGGAGGCCCCGCAGGCACGGGAGCCUCCCCAGGGGCAAGGCAGCCCCAUAGAGGACUUUAUGUUCAUGGGGGCCCCUGAGCAGGGUGUCCUGGCUGCCCCUCUAGAGCCUGCCGUAGCCAACACCGCAGCCGACACCCUGGCAGCUGCUGCCAUUGAAACCGAUGACGUUGCUGCUGCUGACACCGCUGUUGCCAACACUGUCGCCCCUGCCACUGCCAGCCUCAUUGACCUAUGGCCUGACAACGGGGAUGGCGCCUCCGCACCCCCGGCUGAGCCUGGGGCUCCCUCAGCACCCUCAGGUGCUGAGGUCACUCUGGCGGAGGUGUCCCUGCUGGAUGAGGGUGCUCAGGAGCCACUGCCACCAGCAGGUGAAGUCUGUGCCAGUCUCCUCAAUUUUGAUGAGCUGCCUGAGCCACCAGCCACCUUCUGUGACCCAGAAGAGGAAGUAGAAGGGGAGCCCCUGGCUGCCCCCCAGGCCCCUACUCCACCCUCUGCUGUAGAGGAGCUGGAUCAGGAGCCGCAGCCGGAGCCCGAGCCGGAGCCCCACCUGCUGACCAAUGGCGAGACCACCCAGAAGGAGGGGACUCAGGCCAGUGAGGGGUACUUCAGCCAAUCACAGGAGGAGGAGUUCGCCCAAUCAGAAGAUCUGUGUGCAAAGGCUCCGCCUCCUGUGUUCUACAAUAAGCCUCCAGAAAUUGACAUCACCUGCUGGGAUGCAGACCCAGUCCCGGAAGCGGAGGAGGGCUUCGAGGGCGGCGAUUAGCAGUGGCGCCCACCCUCAGGCUGUCCUUGCCACGAGCAUCCACCUGCGCUGGCCUCUGCCCGGAUGGCCCGCCGCGCCUGAACUCCAAGACGCUCCGCCUGGCACCCACUCCAGAUUCUGGCCCUGACCGGGGACUUGGCCGCCUCCCUGCCCACAGGGCCUGACUUUUACAGCUUUUCUUUCCUUUUUUUAAAAAAAGAGUUGAUAGGAGACUUGUACAGUUGACUGGUUUUCCUCCCGUUGGUAGUUGAGAUGUUGUUGCAAAUUCCAUCCCUCCCCCACCCGGUCCGGAUUGUAGCGCUUAGCCCUCCCUGUGCUCACUCAGAUGGCCAGGGUGGAGGCCUCACCCUGUGUGGGGCCCGGUGAGGGGGAGCUCUGGUGGGAAAAGGCCCUCCACUUUUCCUAGUUUUAUGUUUCUUGGAAAAAAAUCACUUUGUAUUCUUUGUCCAGGGCUUCAGAUAUUUUGCACGAAAUUUGAAAACAUGGCAAUAAAUGGCUCUCGGGCUCUGGCUCCCUGGGA